CGCGUUAUUCGACGGCUCACGGAGGAAACAGGAACACACGGGGUGGUUUGUAAGCCAGGAAUCAUGACUGUAUUCUGCAGGAGAGCAGGGACCUAAAAUUAUCCAGGACAGUAACGGGAGUUUGGUGGCUUUGUAGUCCGACAGCCGGGGCGGGACCCUACCUUACCGGGACCCUACCUUACCGGGACCCUACCUUACCGGGACUGUUCGUUUUACCGGGACCCAGACAGAUAGAAGUAGACGCAUGGACAGAUGGAGACACCAGCGUGAACAGUUUCUCUGAGUUAAACAAAGCUCGGCUCCGUUAAACCAUGACGCUGCUUAAUUUAUCGGCCAACAGGCGCAUUGUCGCCGGCCUGCUGGUCAACCUGCUGUCCUCCAUCUGCAUCGUCUUCAUCAACAAAUGGAUCUACGUUCACUACGGCUUCCCCAACAUGACGCUGACCCUCGUCCACUUCGUGGUCACCUGGCUGGGACUUUACAUCUGCCAGAAAAUGGACAUUUUCUCCCCUAAAAGCCUCCCAGUUCGGAGGAUUGUGUGGCUGGCGCUGAGCUUCUGCGGGUUCGUGGCCUUCACCAACCUUUCCCUGCAGAACAACUCGAUAGGAACAUACCAGCUGGCCAAAGCCAUGACCACGCCCGUCAUCAUCCUCAUCCAGACCACCUACUACAAGAAGACCUUCUCCACCAAGAUUAAACUCACACUGGUGCCCAUCACAUUAGGCGUGAUAUUGAACUCGUACUUUGACGUGAAGUUCAACCUGCUGGGGACAAUGUUUGCGACGCUGGGUGUUCUGGUGACGUCGCUUUACCAAGUGUGGGUGGGAGCUAAACAACAUGAGCUCCAGGUGAACUCUAUGCAGCUUCUGUACUAUCAGGCUCCUCUGUCGUCGGGCUUCCUGCUCUGCGUUGUUCCUCUGUUUGAGCCGCUGACUGGAGACGGAGGAAUAUUUGGACCCUGGUCUCUUGCUGCUCUGGUGACGGUGCUGUUCUCUGCGGUGGUGGCGUUCCUGGUCAACCUUUCCAUCUACUGGAUUAUUGGAAACACCUCGGCUGUCACCUACAACAUGUUUGGUCAUUUUAAAUUCUGCAUCACUCUGAUUGGAGGAUACCUGCUCUUCCACGACCCGCUGUCCAUGAACCAGGCACUGGGGAUCCUCUGCACUCUGGCCGGUAUCCUGUCUUACACUCACCUCAAGCUGACCGAACAGGAGGAGGGGAAGAGCCGCCUGGCUCAAAGACCAUAGGCCGACUCACCUGUCAAUCAACUGCACAGACUCCUGCCAUUGGCCACCGGCUGCAGAGACUUCUUUAUACAUAUUUUUAAAUCUAAUUAACAGUAUUUUUUCAAGAGAGUACAUUUUUUCAUUGUGGCCCUCGACAUUUCAACACAUCCUCGGCUCUUUCUGCGUUUCUCUGCUCAACAACACUGAUGUUUUUGUCUUUUAAGGGCAGCUGAAGCUCAUCACAAAAAUCAGACAAUAUCUUUUUUGUUUUGAUCUGAAGUUCAAAGAAAAUGCACAACUUUUUGGACGCAGGAGGUCAAAUUCUGCUUACAUUUUUCCCACAGCUACCUUCUAUCUGUGGCGAGCUGUUGACGGAUCUGGUGACCUUGGAGACAUUCGGUAUCCAAUCAAAAGGAGGCUAGACGUUUAUGUCAUCGUAGAGUUGAAGGACAGACUCCAUUAAAGUUUGAGCAAGGCACUAAACCAGAUUAAGCAGACACUGAAAACAAUAUAAUUAUUAGUAAAAUAGUUGUUGUACAGUAGAAAAGAGACGCAGCUCAACACUAAACAAAAUGUUACAUCGUCUCAUACUCAGACUCUUUCUGUAAGGGAUUUGUCAUUUAAUGAAAAGGUUUUUGCUCUUAAGUGAAAGUUGAUUUAUCAUUUUGAAUAACUGCUUGGCUGCACACAUCCACUGUUAUAACUCGAUGGACACAGGAAAGGAGAUGUGUUUGUAGUGAGAUUGAAAUAUUUUUAUUCACACACAAAGACUAUCUUUUAAUGUACCUUAACACUGACUCAGAACAAAAGUACUACUAUUUCAAGACACCUGAUCAACAAUCAAACAGUAUUUAAGUGUUGUUUAAUAUGCACUUUUGAGCCUAAUUACAAAUUACAUUUCCAAUCAAAAGCUAAUGACUUAAAGGUGACAUGAUGAAAUUGUCUGUAGCAGCGCUAGAUGUUUUGUUUUUCUUUGUAAUGUUGUGUUUUACAUUCCCAGACUGAAGACUUUAUAUCAUUUGCUUUAAUAAAGAUUUAUUGAAGACAGAAAAAAAAGACCCACCAGCCAUGAAAAUUGUUGAUUUUACACUGUUUAAUUUUUUUAAACUUUUAAUUUCUGUCUCUUUAGUGUCAAUGAAAGUAAAUGAAUUCACAAUGGGAAUUUAUUUUGCAUAAAAAAAGCAUUAAAUAGAAUAAUAGAGCUUAUUUAUUUUAUCUGGCCUCCUGUCAUUUUGCAAAAGUGGCCCCUGAGAAAAAGUAUUCCUGCUGUAAACCUUUCCUCUUAAUAUUUCACAGAGAGGAAGCUUUAUAUAGUUGUAUAGAUCGAAGCUAAUAAACUACCAGAGCUUCCUCCAUUACGGUGCACAAAUUGUGUCGUCUUAAUUCACCAAAGAAAAAGUUUGCAUGGUUUUUACGACUGAAUCAACUGGAGUGAUUGAAUUGGAAUGGAUUUAUGUUAAACCUUUAUACAGAACAUUAACCAGAUAAAUCAAACUGCAGAAACAUAUUCUUUUCAGUGAUUAAAUAGUUUUUUUCUGGUUUUAAAAUGUUUAAGGUCUAAGGUAUUUCAGGUUAUAGUUUGGUUUUGCUCUUUGUUUCAUUCAGUGUUACUUUAAUGUAUGUUUUUCUUUAUUUCUCUUUUAUUUGUAGCAUUUUGUUGGCAGAAAGUGUUACAUUUUGAUGAAUGUCCGAGUUGAGAUUGACUGAUUUUCUACUUGAGAGGGAAGUUUUCUCGAUUGUCAUUUCACUUCACUGUGUCGAACGUUCUCAGUCUGCUGAAUAAACACUGAUGUAAU